GUAACCAACUGUUGUAACGGUCGCGUGUGCUUAUCUGUAUAUUAAUGUGUGAACAAAAAUAAAUUAGCAACUGUGUACACUUUGUUUUUUUUUUUUCUACUUUUGGCGAUUAUUUGGAGAGUGGUCAAACAUGAGAGAUAACACUGGUCGACUGUGGGGCAAAUUUGGCAAUGGCGAAUUCGAAGUCAGAAGUCUUACCAAAGCUGAUCUAGAGGAAGCCUUGCAGGUGCUUGAUAAAUCAUUUUAUUUGAAUGAAUCCGUUUGUAUUGCUUGCGAAAUUAACCAGCCUGAGAAUGCGCAGGCGCGCAAUGAACUCACCGAACUGUGCCGCAUAACUGCAGAUGAUGGUGUUUCUUUGGUGGCUAAACAUGUGCCAACUGGUCAAAUAGUCGGCGUAUCAUUCAACAAAAUACAGUAUAUACCGCCCAACGGUCAAGAACCCUUUUUCAUCAAAUUCCGCAACGAGCGUGCGCACUCACCGCAGGCACAACGUCUUAUGGAUUUCAUGAUUGAUGUGGAUUCGGAAACGGAUGUCUUUGAGCUAUAUAAAAUAGAUACAUUAUUGGAAUUAAUGUUCCUUGGCACAUUACCAGAAUGGGGUCGUCGCGGUGUGGCAACCGAAUUAUGCCGCCAUACCAUCCAAUUGACGCGCGAGCUAUCCGCAGGCAUUGGCAUUGAAGAAAUGCAUCCACAAUUACGUGCUAUGCGUCCGAAGGCAGUGACCGCUAUAUUUACAUCGAUGUUCUCACAGAAAGCAGGUCGUAAGCAGGGAUUCAAAGUGAUCAACAUAGUGCCCUACAAACGCUUUUCGUACAAUGGCAAAACAUUUGAUCAGACCAUAAAUCCGAUGCACAAAACUUCAGAACAUGUUGUGUACUUAUUGUAGAUUAGAAAAAGAAUGCAAAGUAAAUCCUAUGUAAUUGAAUAUUUAGAAUUAGAAAGGGUGCAGAAAAGGCUUUCUUCCUUUUGCUAAAUGAAUACGCAAGUCCUUUUCGCUAUUAGCCAUCGAGAAGGAAUCAAUUAAUAAGCUUUGCUAAUUUGCACAUUGCAAUUAUGAUGUGUAGUUGUUAUAAUUAAAGCAUCAUCUAGAAAUCGGCUACCACACAAUAAGCACAACAAAGAGGUUUAAGAAAUAUUUUACCAUUUAUCUAGGCUAUUUAUGUAUGUAUUUAAAGUGAAUAAAAUGAUUGCUGAUUC